AUGGAUAAUACACCUAUUAAUGGUGUUAGAGGAGAUGGAUUUGUUGAUAGAAAAGGAAGAUUUUUCCAAACAAAUGAUCAAACAAAAGGUGAUGGAGCUAUGGAUGAGGGGUCUUUUAUGCCUAAUGUUGUUGUCAUGAGAGGUGUCGUUGAAAAUAAUUGUAACUCGGUGGUGCCUUCUCCAGUUAUGGAGGAUGGUUGUGACCUGCAGGGUGAUUCGACCCAUUUGGUAGCUAAUAUGGAGGGGGAGGGGGCAGCCAAAUCACCAUCACAACCUCCCGGUUAUAGAAGAGAUCAAUCUUAUAUGUCUUAG